AUGGGCAAAGAUUACUACAAACUCCUUGGCAUUUCUAAGGGCGCCACUGAAGAUGAGAUCAAGAAAGCUUAUCGUAAAAUGGCUUUAAAGUACCACCCGGACAAAAACAAAUCUCCUGGUGCUGAGGAGAAAUUCAAGGAAAUUGCUGAAGCCUAUGACGUGCUGAGUGAUCCACAGAAGAAAGAGGUUUUUGACAAGUACGGAGAAGAAGGUUUAAAGGGAGGAAUGGGUGGAGGAGGAGGAGGAGGCGGUGGCAAUGGGGGACCCAGUAUGGGACGUGCUGGAAAUUAUACCUACUCGUUCCACGGAGACCCACACGAAACCUUUAGGAUGUUUUUUGGCAAUGAAAAUCCAUUUCAGUCGUUUUUUGGAGGUGGCAAUCAUGGUGGAAGGCCAUCCGCUUUCCAGUUCCAGUCUGGUAGAGGUGGAGAUGACAUGGAUAUGGACGACCCAUUUUCAGGGCAACAGAGACAUGGGACACGUCGCAAGCACCAAGACCCGGCCAUUGUUAAAGACCUACAGGUGUCGCUAGAGGAGCUGUUAACCGGCACCACCAAAAAGAUGAAAAUCACCCGAAAAGUCCUCAACCAGGAUGGGCGAACAACAAAAACUGAAGACAAAAUUCUCACAGUUGACAUCAAGCCAGGGUGGAAGGCAGGAACCAAGAUAACAUUUCCCAAAGAAGGCGACCAGACCCCGCAUAACGUACCAGCAGAUAUUGUGUUUGUGAUCCGAGACAAGCCUCACCCAGUGUUUGUAAGAGAUGGCAACGACAUCAAGUAUAAGGCUCGCAUUUCCCUGCGGGAUGCUCUGUGUGGUACAACCAUACAGGUGCCUACACUGACCAACCGCAAGAUCCCUCUUACGUUGACCGAGGUGGUGAAGCCAAACACUGUUAAACGCAUUCAGGGAGAGGGACUUCCGUUGUCCAAGAAUCCAUCUCAGCGUGGAGACCUAGUGGUUGAGUUCAACAUUGUGUUUCCUAACAGUAUACCCCAGGCAUCUAAGGACAUUCUUAAAGAUUGUAUUCCUCAAUCAUAA